CUGCCGGCUCUUGGGGUUUUCAGUCAGGCAUGCUUUGAACAUAUUUACUGGGAUCAUUGUGAACUCCUCUUUUUCAAAGCCGCAUACUCCUGUUUGCUAUCCAACUUCUCUCGCAGAUUCUGCACCUCUUCCUUUGUUGAUUGCCCACGAGCCCUCGGCGUCGCAUCUACUUCUUCCCCGCCAUGAUUGAGCCAUUCCAGACAACCUUCUCGGUCCCUAUGACCUGCGAGGGAUGCGUGAAAGAUGUCUCCACCACUCUAAGCAAACUCGAUGGUAUCAAGAAGGUUGAAGCCAACCUGAAGGAUCAACUUGUUUUCGUUGAAGGCACCGCCCCGCCGAGUUCGAUCGUGACUGCAAUUCAAAACACAGGCCGGGAUGCGAUUCUGCGCGGAAGUGGCACCACUGACAGCUCCGCUGUCUGUAUCCUCGAAACACACUCCACUACCGUCGCCAAUAAGAUCCGUGGCCUGGCCCGCAUGGUCCAGGUCUCACCUAACAUGACUCUUGUUGACUUGACAAUCAACGGUCUUUCGUCUGGAAAAUACUACGCUACUAUCCGUGAGGCUGGAGACAUCUCUCGAGGUGCUGAAUCGACCGGGAGUAUCUGGGAAUCUUUGAAGAAUAAGGUCCUGGGCUCGGACGCCACAGCCCCGGUUGAGAAGGAGCCGCGGGGGAUCUUCGGCACGGUCGAUGUUGAUAAUGAGGGCCGCGGCAAUGUUUUCCUCGACCGACCCGUUGCUGUUUGGGAACUGAUUGGGCGGAGUAUGGUCGUUGGCAAGAGCAAGGAGGGACCAUUCCAGCGCGAGGAUGAGAACACCUUGGUGGGUGUUAUUGCGCGCAGUGCUGGCGUGUGGGAUAAUGAUAAGAUGGUCUGCUCUUGCUCUGGAAAGAAUGUCUGGCAGGAGCGACAGGAGCAGGUCAGCCAGGGAAUGGCUUAAGCCUUGGCCAUACCCACAGUAAGACGUGGACUUGUACGGAGUAGAAUGGCUAUCAAGUUGUGGGGAAGUGGGGGGGGGGGAAGGAGUGAGCCGAAGUUGAUGAUUUACGACAGAUGCGAUGCAUUCUUCCAAUACCCAUUAUUAUACAAAUGAGGGAAAGAUAGACGAGAG